UCUCUCUCGUUGCUUCCCUUUGGUGCCCGACUUCUUCCCGAUUCCUGCUCGCGAUCGAACCGUAGUCCAAUAAGAAAACGAAGAAGAAUCAAGUUUGACUCAAUCAGAGAUUCGACAAUAAGUGAAAAUCCUCGUCUUCUCCUAGGGUUCCGCCGUCUGCCGCAAUGGCCAGCACCUCUGGCGGUGUGGCGAGAGGGCGCCGGCUCGUGGGCGAUUACAUUAUUGAUCGACAGAUUGGGGCGGGAGCUUUCUCUACUGUGUGGCUGGCGCGGCACCGCAUUCAGGGAACGGAGGUGGCCGUCAAGGAAAUUGCCAUGUCUCGUCUUUCUGAGAAGUUGCGGCGCAGCCUUCUCUCCGAAGUCUCCAUCCUCGGUCGCAUCAGCCACCCUAACAUCAUCGCUCUCUACGACUUCAUCCAGAUUCCUGGGCGAAUAUAUCUUGUAUUGGAGUUAUGCAGAGGUGGCGAUUUAUCUUUGUACAUACAGAGUCAUGGUAGAGUUUCCGAAGCAACUGCAAUGUAUUUUAUGAAACAGCUAGCUUCUGGUUUGCAGGUUCUCCGUGCUAAUAAUGUCAUUCAUCGUGACCUGAAGCCACAGAAUCUUCUUCUCUCAACAUAUGAUGAAAAUGCAACCUUGAAAAUUGCAGAUUUUGGCUUUGCUAGAUCUCUGUCACCUUCUACCCUAGCUGAUACUCUUUGUGGUACACCCCUUUACAUGGCUCCAGAAGUAAUGGAAUUGAAGAAGUAUGAUGGAAAGGCAGAUCUCUGGAGUGUUGGAGUUAUAUUUUAUCAACUUGUAACAGGAAAGACACCUUUUACUGCAAAUAAUCAAAUAGAGUUACUGCAGAAUAUAGUCAACGCAAAACAACUAUGUUUCCCAUCACAUCACAAUUUGAGCUCUGACUGUAUGGAUUUGUGCCAGAAAUUAUUGCAUCCUAAUGCUGUGGAACGUUUGACAUUUGAGGAGUUCUUCAAUCAUCAAUUUCUUUCCAAACAGCCUCCCGUUGACAUAGCAAGGAUGAUAUAUAGAGAGCAAGAAAGCAUUCCACUGGUUGAAUGCAGUCGUACAAGGUCCAUCGGAGAAAAUUCACAUGAUGACUAUUUGCCUUUCCCUUUAGAUGAGGAAUCUAUUAGGAAGAAAAGAAAUCUUUCUCAUUCCAUGCUCAAGGGCACAGUGAGACCGGAUUCGGGAUUCUCUGUUGAUAUUGGACAUAAAAAUCGGAUUUGUAGUCCAUCAGAAGUUGUAGCCAUUUCUUCCGGAUAUGGUGGCCAUAGGCAUGAUUCUAGGGAGUCUCCUGGUGUACCUGCUAAAGAUAUAUUUUUCAUGGUACAAAAGCCUACUAGUUCCUCUUCGAAAGAUUCUGCGGCUGUGGACUCAUUGGAACUUGUUGAUCAGGAUUAUGUCCUUGUUCCUAGACCACCCCUGCUUAUGUCUUUGUCUUCAGUAAGUCCCUCCAGGCCAAGCAAUUCACCAUGCAAAUCAGAAGGUUCACAAAUUACAUCUCCAAAUGUUAGGGCAUCAAGUGCACCAAUGCCAAUAAGUGGUGCAGCAGUCAGUAAUGCUCCUGCCAUAAGAAGCCUGGGAAGUUGUGGCUCUCCUGCAUCAGAAACUUCCCAUGGAUCCAUCGAUAUGUCUGAUGCUGUGGAGCAGCCAUCAGGUCACUUCAUGACGAGGAUUAUAUCGUUGCAGCAGUUUGCAUCUGUCAUAACAGAUGUGGUCAAAGAAAAGAUCGAAAACGGGCAACGACUGGAAGCAUUCUCAGUUCAGCUAGUGGUUCUUGCUAUCUGGAGGCAAGCACUGCACAUUUGCCAUGCACAUGAUGCAUCGGGUAUGGAAGCAAGUCCGUCGCAUGAAGUAAAGACCCAGAAAAAUUGCAUUUCCAAAACAGUGGAAUAUAUCAACUGCACAAGCUCUCAAGCAUUAGAUGCUAUUUCCUCAGAGAUUCAGAGAAACUUUCUUUUUGGAGUUGAGUAUGGCGAGGAGCUUUCCUGGGAAAUUAGGCAAAUGGCAGUAGCUACCAAGCUGCCAGAUGCAAUGGAAAUAAUAUUCCAAUCUGCCCUUACAUUGGGCAGACAGGGUGGUGUCGAUGAGAUGAUGGGGAACACAGAGAGCGCGUCAUCUCGGUAUUCAAAAGCAGUAUGCUUGUUGUGUUUUCUUCUGGUGGAGGCACCAUCUCUUGUUCUCAGCCCGCCAUUUUCCCUUACGAAUUCAGAUCGUUGCCGGCUCCGCUUGUACAUUGAGGUUAUCAACGAUCGACGAGGCCAGUUCCAGUUACAGAGAACAGUCAUCAAGCAUGAGGGUCAUUAAAGCCCCCUAUAACAUUUCUUCUAAGCCGCUGAUAACUACUGUUCGAUGACUUGCAGUAUUAGUUUUUUGUAUAGUUAUUAUUUUGUUCAAUGGUUCCGUAAGGAUGGUGGGAUUGGGGUACUGUAACAUAAAGGUGAAAUGAUUGUAGUCACUCUAGCAAUUUAGUAAAUAAUAAUUCAAAUCAUGGUUAUUGUUGUUGUUGUAGUA